AUGAGUUCAAUCCUUACAUUCUUCUACUCCAAUUGAAUAAUCCUCUCCUCUUCUCUCCCUUGCUUUCUUUCAACUUCUCUAUUCUUGAUCUUCGGCCUUUUCGUUUUUGCAUUGCAUAAGGAAAAGGCGAGAAAUCUAUAAUCUAUGGGGAUGUUCCUUGAUGGAGAGUGGGAAUCGAUUUGCAAACUUUUUACAGUAGAUGAGUUCCCUGAUCUCGCUGCUGAUUUUCUUGAUUACUUUUCACCUGAAAGUAAGCACGACAAUGAUAGUCUGGCUUAUGCUGUACUAUCAAGUAAUCCUCAUGCUGAAAAAAAAGCUUUUCCUCAUGUUGAUAUGAAUUCGUUGUCUUCGUUAUGUGGUUGGAUUUCUAAACCUCCACACAAUUUUUUAGAAAGAAAGAGUCAUACUAAUAAUAGUGCUCAUUGUGUUGAUGAUUUGCGAGUAUCUACUGACAUUUUAUCCUGCAUUGAUUUCUCAAUGGUGAACGGGGAAAUUGAUGCCUCGUUAGGCUUAUUGUUUCCUAAUGAUACUCUAACUGACACCUCAACGUUUGACAACGUUGUGAAUAUUAAUACUUUUGUUGAUAUGUCAUCACCCAACACUGAGCUGACCCUUAAGAGAAAGCGUGAGGUGCCAAUGGCUCCAGACGAUGAUAAAGAUGAAAGGUCGAGCUUAAUGGAAACACCCAAAAAGAACGCUCGAAUUUCCAAAACUACUCAGAAGGCCAUGAGAAAAACAACCCAAAAAACUGAUGAGCACGCGACUCCAACAGUAUAUACCAAGGAGAACAAUGAAAUAGCAAAUUCAAACGCAUUUGACUCUAACCCCUGUUUGUCAGAAGAGAUCAAUGAAACAGAAGAUUCAACUUCUAAUAUUACCGAGUCUACUACCUCGACUGGUAAGAAAAGAGCCAGCAGGGGUGCUGCAACUGAUCCCCAGAGCCUCUAUGCAAGGAAAAGGAGAAUGAGAAUCAACGAGAGAUUAAGAAUCUUGCAGAACCUCGUGCCUAAUGGAACCAAGGUGGAUAUUAGUACAAUGCUAGAAGAGGCAUUUCAUUAUAUAAAGUUUUUGCAGCUACAAAUCCGGCUGCUGAGCUCGGAUGAUUUAUGGAUGUAUGCCCCCCUCGCCUACAAUGGACUCGACGUUGGAGCUUAUGGAAGGAUGCCUCCUUUUCUUGGCCUUUGAAUCUGCUAUACAUUCAAUUUUUUAUACCAUUUUGGUAAUAGAUAAAAGGUCAAAUAAAUGGUAGGUGAAAAUGAGAAAAGAAAUAACCCAAAAAAAAAAUUCAAAAAAGAAGAAUGUGAUAUUAAAAAUUAAUUGACAAUUCAUUUGUUUCAUUUGCAAGUAUGUAAAUUAAUCUAUGUAGUCCUUAAUCAGAUAUCUGUAAAUGAAAUGGCACA